AUGAAGGAAAAAUCAAGCGGAAAUUCUAUUCAUCAAUACCUGGAUGCAAAUGUUGGCUUUUUUGGGAGUGGGAGUUCUAACAAGGUUAAUAAAUCUUUGGAUGGUCGGAAGGAUGAGCUUGUGCCAACACUGAAAGUGCAAACAGAUAAAGAUGUGUAUAGACCUGGUGAUUCCGUUCUUAUUACUAUUGAGAUAUCUAACCCCAAAGAUGGUGCCAGUGAAGAUGUUAUGUCUUCGCUGUUAAUUGAAAAGCUUGGUUUUGAGAUUAGAGGUAUCCAAAAGUUGGACAGUCAAUGGUUUGCCACUCAGAAGCCUUUGCCUGGAUCCAAGCAGAGGAGAGGUUUGUAUUGUGUUUCUGUAAGGGUUGUGUAA